CAGGCCGGUUUUUCGGUUUCCUUUCUAUCAAAAACAAUUAUUCUUGGAAAAAUCAAUUGAAAAAUCUUCAGAUACCGCACGAUACAGCCAGCCGCUAUCAUGAACAGGAUAACAUCCUCAAGCGCGCGCAGAUUCGCAGCUCAAUUGCGCAGACCCAACGCCGUCUCGCAAACCAGAUGGAGCUCGACCGAGCCCACUGCAUCAGAUCAGAAACCCGUCUCUCCCCAUAUCGGUUUCUACAAGACGUUCGCGCGGCCCAUAGCCAAAGUGUUGCUAAUGGCGACGUUCACAUACCAGCUGGCGUAUUUCGCAUGGGUGAAGUUGGAGAAGGAGGAGAUAAAGAGCGAGCGACGAGCGGAGAUUGAGAGCUUGGAAAAACAGUUAGAGGAAUUGACAAAGGGGAAGGGGAAGGAAAAGGCUGCUACGCCUUGAGUUGAGAGGAAGAACUAUAUGGGCCAGGGGAAGGGCUCUCUGGAUUUGAAGCUCUUACGUGACUACAAGUGGGUGGUGUUCUAUACUUGCCCUACUUUAUCUGAAUGAGCUCCCCGAGAACGUGUUGACAGGCCUGCUCCCGACGGAAGGCAGACCGGGUGGCCCAGUCGAGUUGGAGCCAGGCGUCUGUGGAGUUUAGGAGGAUGCCUUUCGAAAAGCGGAGAUUGUAUAGCUGUCAAUAAGCUAGGUAGAGUUAUGUUAGACCUAGGUGAGCGACGGCGUACUAGGUUUGAGGCGGAUUGUCGAGUACGAAGACGACAGCGGGCUUGUGUACAUCUACGACUGGUUUCAGAGCUCUGGUGAGGGAUAGAUAUAAGGAACCUCUUCCUUCAUGGUCUCUGCGCGUAUAUGAUCAGCC